AUGACAUCUCAACAGUUCAAAUGUACAAUAUGCACUAAAGACAUUGAUUGCUCGGUUAAACCUAAAGUUAUUGAGAAUAAUAUCUGUUGCAGUGAUUGCAUUAAAUCCCCGAAUUCUAACAACAAAAUACCACUAAAACCACAAAACACAGCUGCUUCCAGUAAUAAACCACAUCGCGAAGAAAGUAAUAAGACACCAACUUGGAUAAUUAAAAAUGGACGCGCACCUCCGCUUGUUACUGAUCAUCCUAAUUCUGUUGAGUUUGUAGAACCUGACGUACAUUCCAUAAUUGCAGAGGCCGAUAACAUAUUUCAUGAUUUGAGAAAAGAUAUGAAUAUUGUUGUAUGUGGUCCACCAAGGGCUGGAAAAAGCACAUUAAUUAACGACAUAUGCGGACGAGAAGUUUGUAGAACUGGUGCUGGUCUUGCUUCUAUCACAUAUAACUAUGAUAAACUAUUACCAAGAUAUAUUACUGAUUUACCAAGAGAAGACAACGGCGUAAAGUUUUGUGCUAACAUUGGUUUGACUAUUGCUAUCAAUAGCCAACGAUUUAAAACCGAUGACGGUGAAAAAUCUGUAAGCGGUGUUAACGAACUUAUCAAUGGCGUUAUGGAAUCAUUAGUUGAUGAAAAAUUAGUAGAAUGGCUCUUAGUCGUCCUGGAAAAUAAAGGUUUUUUGGAUAAACACUUGAAACUAGGUCGCAUCGGACGUUUCACUUCGAGAAAUUUCAGACGUAUGAAAAACAAAAGUUUCAUAUAA